CAGCCGCCAUUCUCCAUCCGUCCUCUACAAACACAGCCGAAAAUCCCAAGCUUCAUCCUUGGUUCAAAGAAAUCGAGAAUCGGAAGGGCUUCACUCCCACUUCAAUUUUCAGUUUUGCAGCUAUGAAGGAAGAAGAGAUAAACCGAUGCCAAAUUCAAGAAUGGUAUCCGAAGUUCAAAUCAGUGUCAAUUAGAACUCUAAUUCAUGAGCUUCCUGAAUCUUUUGUUCAGUACCUGUUUGAUGAUUCUGGAAUCAUCCUUCCGGAGUCUGUCUUUAAUGAAGAUGCCUUCCCUAACAGAAUCCAUAAUCUUGAGGAGGAAGAGGAUUAUCAGGUGUCAGAAGGAUCUGGGGAUGAAGCAGAACCUUCGGAACCUCCUUCCUUCCCAGAACUUGAGAUGGAGAUUAAAGAAUCAAUUGAAAGGCUUGGGGGUGCAGUAUUCCCCAAGUUAAAUUGGAGUGCACCAAAAGACUCUGCUUGGAUUGCCCCAUCUGGGACUCUGCGUUGCACUUCAUUCAGUGAGAUUGCACUCUUGCUUCGAUCAUCAGACUCGUUGGUUAAUGAUUUGUGUCAUGCGUAUGAUUCUUGCAGUGAUAAAACCCUGUCAAGACCUCCAAGUUUCUUCCUUGCCCUACGAAAGUGGUAUCCAUCUCUACUACCAGAGAUGGAAUUUCGUUGUUUUGUAAAGGACCAGCUCCUGAUUGCGAUUUCCCAACGUGAAGUAACUACAUUUUAUCCUGUUCUACUUGAGAAGAAAAAUGAUCUCAAGACAUUAAUUGAACAGUUCUUUGCCGAUAAUGUGAAGUUGAAAUUUGAGUCAGAAAAUUACACAUUGGAUGUUUAUGUUACACGGGAUGGACGUGUUAAGAUUUUGGAUUUCAACCCCUGGAGAGCAUUUACCCUGCCCCUGCUCUUUUCAUGGGAGGAACUAGAGCAUAAUCUCCAGGACGAAGAUCAUUUGGACUUCAGAAUUGUGGAGAGUCGGUGUGGUGUUAGGCCAGGUUUGAAGACAGCAGUUCCAUAUGAUUAUGUGGAUACCAGCCCCGGAAGUGGCUGGGACCAAUUCCUGAGAAAUGCUGAUGAAGAAUCAAGAAGACAGGCUGACUCCUGAUACAGUCCUUGACGAUUUUAAUUUUUUUGCUUUCAACAUUUAUUUUUGUUGUUUAAUUCUUAUCAGUAUGUUGUUGUAGAUACUCAGUUUAUCUCUUAAUUUCCAUGUUAGAUGCUUGAUUUAUUGGCCGCUUAGGAAAAACUUGCUUAUUUCAAUCGCAAAAGUUUGUCUUGGUUUUUGCUCAAAGCAUUGUUCCUUCUUGAUCAGCCAUAUUAGAUGUAAUACUCAAGGCUUCCCUUGUGUGCAGUUGCUGCUGCCUAUAAUGGAACAUAGUGAACCUUUUCCUU